GAAAAGAAAAGGAAAAACCACCACCAAAACCAGCAACAACUGGAAAAAUGUGCAACGUCAACGCGCUCGGAGUCUACGUGUGGGAGACGAUCGUUUUCUUCAGCCUGGCAGCCUCCAAAGAAGCUGAAGCAGCAGCACGAUCUGCCCCCAAACCCAUGUCUCCUUCCGAUUUCUUGGAUAAGUUGAUGGGACGAACUUCAGGAUAUGAUGCCAGGAUCAGGCCAAAUUUUAAAGGCCCACCAGUGAACGUCAGCUGCAACAUUUUCAUCAACAGCUUCGGUUCGAUUGCAGAAACAACUAUGGAUUACAGGGUGAACAUCUUCCUGCGACAGCAAUGGAAUGACCCACGGUUGGCGUACAAUGAAUACCCUGAUGACUCCUUGGACCUGGACCCCUCUAUGCUGGACUCCAUCUGGAAGCCUGACUUGUUCUUUGCAAAUGAGAAAGGGGCCCAUUUCCAUGAGAUUACCACAGACAACAAGCUCCUGAGAAUCUCCAGAAAUGGCAAUGUCCUCUACAGCAUCAGGAUCACGCUGACUCUGGCCUGCCCCAUGGACCUGAAGAACUUCCCCAUGGACGUACAGACGUGCAUCAUGCAGUUGGAAAGCUUUGGCUACACAAUGAAUGAUCUCAUAUUUGAGUGGCAAGAAAAAGGAGCCGUGCAAGUUGCUGAUGGGUUGACGCUGCCUCAGUUCAUACUCAAAGAAGAAAAAGACUUGAGAUACUGCACAAAACACUACAACACAGGCAAGUUCACCUGUAUAGAAGCUCGUUUCCACCUGGAGCGGCAGAUGGGCUAUUACUUGAUCCAGAUGUACAUCCCCAGCCUCCUUAUUGUCAUCCUCUCCUGGAUCUCCUUCUGGAUCAAUAUGGAUGCUGCACCUGCUCGUGUUGGCCUGGGGAUCACCACAGUGCUCACUAUGACCACGCAGAGCUCUGGUUCCCGAGCAUCACUGCCCAAGGUGUCCUAUGUGAAGGCCAUAGACAUCUGGAUGGCCGUGUGCUUGCUGUUUGUGUUCUCCGCUCUUCUAGAGUAUGCUGCCGUCAACUUCGUGUCUCGGCAGCACAAAGAGCUGCUCAGGUUCAGAAGGAAGAGGAGGCAUCAUAAGAGUCCCAUGCUGAAUCUGUUUCAGGAGGAUGAAACUGGUGAAGGCAGGUUCAACUUCACUGCCUACGGGAUGGGACCAGCUUGUCUACAAGCCAAGGACGGCAUCUCUGUCAAGGGCGCCAACAACAACAAUACAGCCAACCCGGUUCCCCCGCCGUCCCGCUCCCCCGAGGAGAUGCGAAAGCUCUUCAUCCAGCGAGCCAAGAAGAUCGACAAAAUCUCACGCAUCGGCUUCCCCAUGGCGUUCCUGAUCUUCAACAUUUUCUACUGGAUCAUCUACAAGAUCGUCCGCAGAGAGGAUGUGCACAACCAUCACGGGUUUGCCAAUCAAACACUUUGUGACUUUUGGAUAGAGGAAAGCAAAUACAUUAUCUCUCUCAUCUCCAUCAGAGAGCAUCCAAUGGGAAACCCGAGAAGGACAUCAGGGCCUUCAUCAGAAAUUGCAGGUACCUUCUGUCCUUUUAAAUGACCUAACAGGAUUCAAGUCCCAGGAGGUAGAAAUAUUAUUCAGAGCACUAGAAAUGAUGAAGGAUUUUUAAAACGGCUUUUUUCUUUUUCCCAAACCCCUUUCUGCCAUGUUUGUUUACAAUGAGGGGAUGGAAGUGUUGAAUGAGUUAAAGCAGAAAUUAUAUUUAAAAUUCUAUUUUAAAUUAUAUUUAAAAUUCUAUUUUAAAUUAUAUUUAAAAUAUAGAGAAAACAGGCAUAUUCGUGCUUUGUUGUGAUAAGAUGGGGCGAACGGCAAUACUGUCAGUAAGGGGUGGGAGGGGGGAAGGUGUGUACAGAGAGAGCAGCUCUUAUUUUCAGACAUUUCAUAGCAGUAAUAUUAAUAGUGAAGCUGGGCCGAUGGACCCAAAACUCUAUUUUUGUAUCUGUUUUGGUGCUGCAUUUAGCUUUAAUGUGGAUGGGAAGAUGGAGCAGGCUGCUUUGCCCCUCUCUCCUGCCCAGCAGAGUCCCAGGGGAGGCUGUCACCGUUUGGUGGGGACAGGGAAAGGCGGGAGGGCGGUGGGAAUACACGAGCAAAGGGGUUUCCCUUUUGCCAAGUGGUAGCACAGGUUGGCAUUGGUGUUUUGGGGGGUGGGGGGAACACACCAAAUGCCUCCAGGGUGUUAUUUGUAAGCCUGUCUCAGGGCUGGUAUGGGCAAGUCAAGGUCCUGAUGCCCCACUUGCCUCUCUGGGACCCUGGGCAUGAGCCAGGCAACAGCACCCAUGGUGAUUUAGUUGUGUUCAUUUGCACUUUAGCGAGGCAGGUAAAAGAGCAUGAAGGAAGAGACAAUCAGUCUGCACUGAAGCACUUGGGGUCAGGUCAGGAUUAGGCACCAGAUGAAGGCAGAGAGACAAGUGACACCCAAAGCAGGGCUUUCCCUCUCCUUCCUCUCCCCAGUCUCCUACUUAGGGCCAGACCACAGCUGGACUGGACUGCAGAUCUGAUGCUUGCUCUGGGAACAGACAGGCUCCUGCUUCCAGAAGCUGCAUCAUCCAUGGCAGCUGGGACAGCUCACAGCAAAGUACCCUCCAGCACUGGCCAGUCCAGUCUGGCCCAGGUCAGCAGCACCCAAGCCUGGGACAGGAGGUGGGAGUCUAUACUCAGCCAUGGGUGUCCCAACCAGUGCAGCAAGAGGCAGCUCUAGGAGAGGGUGGGAGAGAAUGGGGACCUGCAAACUCUCCUAGCACAGGCGUGGGGCCAAGAGGAGAAAGCCCAGGGCUCUCCUGGGCUGGAUAGAGGGAUACCCAUCUCCGAGGCUGCCAGUUCAGCACCUUUCACCAGCACUAAAUACACUUUAUUUAAAAAAAAAAAGAAAAAAAAAAAAGAAAAAAGAAAGAAAAAGAAACCAAGGAUAACAACAAGAAGAAAAAGGGAUUAAAAAACUAUUGUGGUCACUGUGUGGACUAGGGCAAAUGGCAACAUUUCCUAAUGUUUUGGCAAAGGCCACUGAGCUUUCCAUGUCCUUCUGCACUGCUGAGACAGGGAAAGAGCACACAAUACACCAGUGUGAACCAGUACAACAGCCCCUUCCCUCCAUCAGAGCAGCAGAAAACCUGUGGGCUGAGGAUUUCUUCUUCCCCUGGCAGACAGUACUUUCCCAAGCAGGGAGAUCUCAAGCUGUCGAGCAGAGGCGUUAUUUGAUGCUAGGACAACUUUCCGAGUCUUGGCUGGAGCCCAAGUCUGCUGCUGGCUCUGGUUUUGCUUGCUGAAUUAUUGAACUCUCCCUGCAUGCGCGACGGGCGGUCGUGCCAACUGCGGGCUGUGCGAUUGCUUUAAACGCCGUGUCCUUGUCUGAGAUGAGAGAGCAAACCCAGGGAAUUCCCCUCCCUGCCCAGCGGCGGGGCAGAAGCUUGGCAGCCCAUGCGCCGCAGCUCCUUGCUCAUGCACGGGAACAACCGCAAAUCAUUGUCAUUUGGGGGGAAAAAAAAAAAAAAAAGUGUCCUGCCUCAAUGCCCAGACCUUGCACUUGUUGUGGUUUGUACAACUUCUCAGGCUACCCAGGAUGGCUCACGAGGGCACAGCCAGCUGCAGGGCUGUGGGUUUCCUUCCUCACUAGAGCUGCUCUAAGGAGUGGCCAGUAGGUUCACUAAUCCCAUGCACCAUCCUCCCACCCAAGUGAGUUUUGAUCCUACAUCUGAAGGGCAAGACCAGAGUGAAGAUAAGGAGUCCAUUCCCACCUCACUUCAUUCUGCUCCAGCUUAGAGAAAGACCUCAAGACCAAAGAGGAAUCCCCUGUUCAUCCUAGACUUACUGCUUGGAGAUGCAGAUAAACUCGCAGUUACUGCUUUACUAGAGCUCCAGUGUCACUUUCUGGCAUUGAGUAAGGCCAGAGGAAGGCAAAUUAGGGAUUAGAAAUCAUUAGGAAGAUGCUUGUGUUUCCUGCUCAUACAGAAGCACUUCAGCUGAGGGUGGAGCCCAUGGGAGUUUAGGGACUGAAAUAAGAAUUACACGCUUACCAGCACGCCUUUGUGUCCGUUCAACUCUGCCAACCACUGGGCAUGUUUGAUGCUCACCAGUAGUGUUAUCUUCUCUUCACUGAGCAGCCAGUUUCCAUUUAGGCCAUUUUCCAGCCCCAGGGCUGCCUGCACAGUGAGAGUGUGCAGCACUCACAUCCCGAGAUGAAACACGCUGGGGUCUUGGCAAAGGUCUGGUGGUGCCGAGAUAGCCAUCCCACAGAUGUCCUGCCAGACAGAUUCACCAUGUAGACAAGACCUUAGACUGUCCUAGGAGCCCCUGGCAAGUCUGUGCAGUUUUCAAAAUCAAACUUUUCAUGUGUACUAGACUGCUUUUAGUCUCUGUAUUGCAACAGAGCUUGCUUUGAUAACCUAUCUUCAAAGUAGGCUGCUUUAAUAGUGCCAGCAAUUACAUUUAUUAGUAAGAAUGCACAGGAUUUGAUAUCACAGGGCAGCUUCCAGACAUACUGAUUGAAUUUAACUCAGUAAUUGUUAGCUCUUGUUAAGAACGAGGCUCAGAAGCAAAACCUCUGAAUAAAAUAGACAUCAGUCAGUCUGGUAGUAAAGAGAGAAAAUAGGGACUCAAUUCACUUGGACUCUUUGGAAAAACAGAGCCUUAUCCCAAACAAUAUUAUUUCCAGAUGUUGCUGGAAAAGUAUCACUUUGUGAGCAGGAAUUAUUUUUCCUUAUACAUAAACAUAACUGUGGAAACAAAAAAAGUAAAAUAAACUUACUAUUUUUUUUUUUGUCAGGUAGAUGAGUUUUUCCCACUUUAAUUCCCGAUUAAAGCAGCUUUCCAUCUGGGAUCCCAGUGCCAUGGAAAUCUGAGAAAGGUGCUGAAGAGGGCCAGGACAGAUCAUUAAGCACGUGGUCUGCUACAGACUGCAAGGCUUAGCCUUGACCCUGGCAAAGCACCAGCUUGCCUUUAAACACACAGGCAGGGUCACAUUCGCUUCAUGGGUCCAGCAGUGCCCUCAUUCCUCCUGUUCUAGAAGCCUUUGCUGGUCAGGGCCAAGUGACUUAGUUCCCAAAAGCAUAAAAAAAUUUCCAAUACUGAAUAUUUUCAUACCCAGUGAACAGAAACAUUUUUUUGUUUUGUCCAGACUUUUCUGGAAGGCAUUUUUUCUUCAGCCCCUUCUGAAGAUUUUUAAUUUUAAGGCAAACCCAAGACAAUUCAAAUUACCUAUCAUUUGUCCUUUAUCUUGACUGUAAUUUGAAGACCUUGCUUGGCUUCCUAAUGCUGGUAGAAAAAAAGAUUAGAGAUAUUUACAAUAUAUAUUUUUGAAAAAGAAAGGAACAUAUGAAAGGAGAAAAGACUAUUUUAAAUAGUGCCAUAUUUUUCACAGAUUUUAUACAAUCAUAUUUUUGUACUGUACUACCAUUCUUUAAUAAAACAUAGUUCUUAUCCCUGUGCCAAAGACAGACAAUCUCUUUCAAUGCCCCAUUCUACUCCAAAACCUUGCUAACAGCAGCAGUGAAUAACACAAUAUGGACACCUUCCCCCCUCAAAACCCAACCCUACCAGUGUGGCUGCAGCCCUGGGGUCACCGCCUGCCAGCUGGACAUUGUGCAUCUCCUGCCAGGGUAAUGGCGAGCAGCAGGUCCUGUCCUGCUGGAGCAUCCCACAGAGCUCAGUUCUGUCAAAGAAGGGUCUGAUCCCUGCCCUGCUAAGAAGCAGUCAACACUCUUCUGUCUUCUUCUCAAAAGGACAUGGAAGGGGUAUCUUGGGGUGCUUCUGCUUCAAUAGAUUUCCAUCAUUUGUACGGAGGCAGUGUACUAUUUAAGUAGAAAAUUGAGAUACUUGGUUGUUCUUCAUGGUGCUAGGACUAGCACCAAAGCAGAAACUAAUAUUCAAUAAUUUCAGCAUCUUCAAAAUUACUUUAGGUCUUUUAAAUCUUCCCAGCCCUUCAUCUCCUUAACAAUUAUUUCUUAAGGGCAGUUGCACUUCUCUUGCUCAAAUCAAUCUCCACAAAUCUCCUACUUCAUUAAAGUAUAUUGCAUUUUCCUGCGUCCAUCUCCCUUCUUUCACCACCUCAAGUUUCAUUUCUGUGGGGCUAAGUCCCUCAGCUCCACAACCUUUCAAGGGCCUGGCACAGAUGGGUGCCUUGGGAAAUACAGGGCAAAAUAUGUGAGGAAAAGCAUUCCUCCUAAGCAGGCAGGGUAACAUAUACCAGGGAAGCCCUCUCAUAGCCACGUGUGCAUGAAGAGGAUGCCUGGGGAAUGCAAGGGUGGCCAACAAGGUCUUUUUUUGACUGUGCUCUGUGUGAAAGCAAAGCAGCAUCAGGGAGAAAGAAAGCAGAUCCUGGUUCAUCAUUACCCUCACUUGCCCUAUCAUGUUGUCCUAGCAUCAUGCUGCCAGCAAAGCACCAAAGCUCCUGGUGUUGUAACAUGGUAAAGGACACAAACCACACAGUAGCCUAUAGAGGAAUGAUUUCAGCACCUAGCAGAGGAAAUUACUUGUCAAGAGUAAUCAAGUAAUACUUGUCAAGAGUAAUCAAAGAGGAUCCUAGAAAAGAAGGGGAAGGAAAAGGAAAAAGCAAUAGGAGAAGUUUGUUUUCCUGCCACAACACCAUCUUCUCCUGGCUUUCAAGGCAGGCAGUGCCAACAGGUAUGAUGCAAGAGUCAAAGCUAGCAGCAGGAAUUACAACAUUGUGUUAAGUAAUCAUGACCAUCAAGUCUAGCAAACCUAAGCUGUAGUCCUCAUGCACUUUACUGCCAGGCUUUUGCAUAGAAAUUGUAAGGGAGUCUUAUGUUUGUGAUAUUCCUGGGUCUAUUCUAGACUGAGUGCUGAAGCCCAUCCUGGGAUAGGGCUGGCUCCCGCAGUGCUGGAGAGGAGCUAGCCAGGAUUUGCCCCAGGUCAUGCACAGGGACAGCGCAUGCACUGGGAACAGAUUCAGCAGAAGGGGAAGUUACCACUUUGGGGGAAGGCAGGGAUGGCUUCAUGUUGGUUUAACAAUCCCAUCAGCACUCAAAAGCAUCACUGCUGGGGCUUGCAGGCUGUGCUUAAUGCUGCCAUUACUCCUACCAACAGUGAGAAGCCAGCCACAAAAAGCACAAGGGAGAAGGAGCCCAGCAGCUUCCCAACAGCAGUAGUUUUCAGCAAGGAGAGAGGAUACAAAACCCUAUGUCCCCAACAUGAGGUUCAAAUAUAAAAUCAUCCAACUUUUCCUGGGCAUAGGAUAAUACCACCAUAAAUAAGCCAUCAGCCUGGUUUGAAAUUAGCUUUUAUUUAUAGAUUCACCACUUGAAUUGCAUAAGUAGCUUAAGUCAAACAAGGACACCCUUUUCACCUACCCAGGGAACUGGCUGAGGCACGAGGUGCCAUCAUUUAACUACGUGCUCUGGCUUAGAGCUGCAAGUGUGUCAUUACUAUGGCAGGUGAGUCAAGCUUGGCACAAGUAGGGACAGGUAGACUGGCCUGGAGCUGCCAGGUCUGCGGGGCACAGAGCUCACAAGUAGCUUUUGCUGCUAAGGCUUUUGGGAAGCUGGUGCCAGGAUUUAGUGAAAAAAAAAAAAAAAAAAAAAAAAAAAAAAUCACCUUCCCUGGUGGGUCUGUGGGAGGACACACCUGUCUUAUUUAGGCACUUGGUGAUACUGGGGCACUGUUGGGUUACUUGUCUGACAAACAUGAAUCAAGCUUUAGGCUGCAGACCAGCUGAGCCAGCGGGCCUGGGUUGAGCAUACCACAGAAUUUGGGCACUAAAUUACAGCUCUAGGUUCAAGCCUGAAUCAACUUUGCAGUGAUGACAUGCUCGGUCACAAUUAGAGUGGAGGCCUGAUAAUAGUGUUGCUUAAAUCAGCAUUACCCUGUCAUAGCCUUGCGGAGAUCAACAGGCCAGGACUUCCAAUGCUAGCACAACUGGGGCUUGGGCGUCACUGUUCCUUGCUUGACACCUAAUCCCCAAAUACUGACCUUUAUUGAACUAAAACUAUGCAAUAUUGAACAGAUUUUGCCAAGAGUGGUGCCUUAGCCACCUCUCCUGGAUAUGCACUUACACAUUUUUAAAAGUAUCCUCCCAGUUGCUUGUGAUAAAGAACCAACACAUGCUCCUGAGGAGUGGAGCCAGCUUUGGAGCUUGUGAUGUGCCACAGAUGGCCACAACUGAAUUGUGACCACAGCUUCUAGGACAGUUCUGCUCCUCUGAGGCUACAAUGUUCAAAGUAGAGGAGUCCUAAAAGUUCAGCUCCCUACCCAAGAGUAGAGUGAGGGCAGGGAUCAGCAAUGAGAAAGGAAGAGGAGAUCAAGACUUGUGUAAGGCACAGGAGCUUAUAGUACUUGCUCCUCACUGUAGUGCAGUCACAAUUGCAACUCCAGUCCCUGUGGUCUUUGUGGGAGUUGAGGCUUUAAAUACCGCUGCUUUUUCUUUGAGGGGCUGGAAAGAUCAUUCAUGAGGCUUGACUUGUCCCAUGGAAGAAGUAGUACGGUACAGUAUGGGCAGUGACACCUCUAAAAACAAAAGCUUGAGAAACCAGCAGACAAAUAAAGUGAAGGGGCAGCCUCUGUAACAUAGGAACAGUGCUAGAAAUGCAUCUCCCUGAACAACUGCACACUUGGUGAGGGACACCAGGAUAGCCUUCACAGGCAGGAGUACAAUGAACAACCCCGGCAAGUCCUUGAUCAGAUAUAUGCCUCCACUUGCCAUCAAUCCCAUUUUUUUAUCUGGAAAAACAAACCAAAAACAAAUAUUCCCCACCAAAAAAAAUUCACAACCAAAAACCUACCACCAAUGAGUUAGGUUAUUGUUAUAUCUUCUCCUUACUCUUUUAAGUAAUUGUGGCCAGUGCUGUUGGUCACAGCAGUAGAGCUCAGCUCAACAAGAAAUGCUCAGCUACAAGCUGACCCAACAAAAUCUUAGCAGAAGGGAACACAAGUUCCUUUACCUUAUGCUUGCCUAGGCUGGGGAACAACUGAUGGAAGGCUUUGAAACACUCUACAAGUUCAGUGUAGGCAAAGGCAGAGCACUGUUUCCUUUCUGUUUCCCUCUUCCCAAAUCUGCUUCUUUGUCCAAAACACUUGAAUUCUUGCAAUUCUGGGGUGAGAUUAGAAACAGGGAAAAGAAGCUCAGAAGCAGCAUGGACCAAGCUGACAAAUCCCUAAAUUAACCUACUUGAAGUGGAGAAUUGUAAGAACAGCACCUCCAUCCCGAGGUUGAUGCCCCCUUCACAGUCCUCCAGCACUGAGCAGAGUGACUAAACUUGACAGGUCAGCUGAAAGACACAUGCAUUUCGAAUCCAUGAUUGAUACAUCCCUCCUAGAUCAGGUCAAGACAGCAGGUUAAUUUGGGGAUCUGUCAGCUUUGGGAGUAUCCAAAUUGGAAUUUUUAGUAAAUAAGGUCUAAAGUGAUGUUAUGUGAAAACUGGAAGACAGGUAUGUAACCCACCUUCUCCUUGCUGGGAAGAGUGAUCUGUUGUGCCUGAACUCUGCCUUUGAGCUCCGUUUUGCUGCUCACUGCAACGCCAGAGCAUCUCGCUGUACAAUCAGUGCUGCACUCCCUGCGACUGGUGCAGUAGGUCAGGAGACAGAGGCCAACUCCAGAGGCGUACGAGGUGACAGACACAGACAUUAAGGCACAAAGGCCAAGUGACUUGACUCACCACAUGCGUGUGGAAUUAAUUAUCCUGAAAAAUGCACCGCCUGGAGCAUCUCAAGCCUACUGUGAAAUGGAAUUCAUGGGCAAAAAGAUAAGUUUGCGGUUCCUGAGUCUGGUCACGACAUACUGACAGCACUAAUCAUAGCCAGAGCUCACCUCUUCUUUCAUGGAUUUACUGAGCUGCAGAAAAAGAGACGACUGUUUGUUUCAAAAGAACUGAAAUAGAAGGCAACUGUGCUAAAAAAGCUAUUCACACAUGCAUUUGAGAUACAGUAAAAACUUCAGUGAAUUAAGAGAUCUAUAGCGAGAUGUAGAGAUGAAGCAACACACUAAGGACUUCACCCAAAAAAUGGCCUGACAUGCAAAGGUCACAGCGCAUUUCAUCACACUUUACCAUCCCUGCAGCAUUGGUGAACACCAUUCUGGAAGCAGCCUUUGAACUCCUGAAGAUGCACAAGCCCGUCCCAAGCAGCUGUUUGUAACCACCCGCCCGAGAUCAAACGACAGCCAUAAGCAGGCUAACAUCAUUGUGGACAGUGAUAUUUUAUGGACUGUGUUGUCUACUCACAUCCAACCACAGUGUACAGCAUAUCAUGCUUAUUAUAUUAAAACUAAGAUGAGGAGUAAUGAAACAAGUGAUAUAAAAAAGGAGGGGAGGACAGAGGAAUUCCUCCCUUUCAACUAUAAACGCACACCCAUUUACAUUGUUUUGUAAAUGAAUUUAUCUUUAGAAGAAAAAUAAAAACACAACAUAUUUCUCUUCUGGACAACACUGCACAUUUGAUUUUACUUUGGAGGGGAGAUACACACGCACACAAAGCAGGAAUACUUUCUAAUUGAAAACAUACAAAACAGAAGUGGGAACAGUUCAGCACCUAGAUUUUCCUUGUGUCCUUGAUAAACAUCGUCUCCGUUUCCCAGAAUUAUCCACCUCACUGGUCAACAACCCCCCCCCCUCAAAUCCGGUAUCUAGGAAGAAUGCCUCCCAAAAACUUUUGAAAAAAGCCUAUUAAGUAGUGGCAUUGUUUUGUUCUAUUUUUCUGUUUCUCCCCCAUCUGUAAACCAUUUGUAUGAAGAAAAUCUUUGUUUCCAAAGCUUGACUUACUAAAGCUCAUUUGUUCCAAAAUACAAGCAGCGCCUUGACGCUGUUUAUACCAGGGACAGCCAAGGGCUCUGACAAAGGAGCUGGGCUGGGUUUAGCAGCCGCAGUGUAACGUGUUAUGGCUGCCCCAUCCCUCCGCCAGCAGUCACUGUCCCCCCCCAGAGAGGGCAAUAUCAGUCACCCUCCACUCUCCAGUGGAGCUCAAAGUAAAAACAGAGGGUUUGCCACCACAGAUUAAGAUCUCAGCUGGGGUACAGACCCUCUCGCAAAGGGGCAGGACAGACCACUGAGGAUUACACUCUUGACACACCCAUCCAACAGAGCCCGUUUAUCAACGCUCUUUUGUAAAUACUAAAUCCAGAUUUGAACUACUUUUGCAGUUUUGUGUGUUUGCUUGUUAAAAGCCAGGAUACAUAUUUUCCAAGCUUGGUCAUAAUCAGGAAAGGACUGGCAACAAGGUCAGAUUGUUUUCCUUUCUUUCUUCAGUCUUAUUGAGACCUCAGAAGGAAGCAGCGGCAUUAAAACCUGCCCCAGUUUAACCAACUCUUUUAAAUAUAGG